GUGUAGCUGGAGAAGUGAAAGUGGGUUGAAACUGGCGAGGCAAACGCUGCAGUCUGAGCUGUGAACCCGUGUCCUGCUGGUGUCAGUGUGUAUCGACAGCCUCGAGACACACACAACACGGGGUGUAUCUUCUUCCAGUCCCUUACGGAGAGUCACGGAGCGGGGUUUGUCGAGGACGAGAAGAAACCCUUCUGCUGGUUGGGGGGCGCAGUCUUCUUGCAUCUCAUCGGGAGGAGAUCUCGGCCAACUUUUUCUGAGCAUCUCUGUGGGAUCGCCCACGCAGGACGAGGAGGAGGAGGAGUAGGAGGAGGAGUAGAAAGUAGGAGGAGGAGACGUGGUCAGGCUGGUGGACCCAUAAGAGCUCUCACCGAGGAGAACGUGUCUCCAAAGCAGUCGUGCGGGGACCGAGCUGGAAGAUCAGGAGGAUCCGACGUGGAGAAGAGGACGAUCCUCAGUCCUCCAGUAACCAGAGCGGCAGAAGAUGUAUACCCUGAGGAGUGAAGGAUUUGUGUCGCGUCUUUGUGGCACGAGAGCCGUCGCAACUGUUGGACGGCGGUUCCCUGUGACUUCGCGCGUGGUUGCUUUCCUCUUGUUGGUUCAGCUGGUGUCGUCUGUGGUGGGUGAACCCUGCUUCAUAAUCAGCGAGGUGAACGCAGACAACCCCAAGCUGGAUGCCACGGAGUUUGUGGAGUUGUACCACACCAGUGGAAAGAAGACCUCUUUAGCCGGGUACACUUUGGUUUUCUACAACGGCAAUGGAAACGUGGCCUAUAAGGUACUUGACCUAAACGGCUACGCCACAGAUGACAGGGGCUUCUUCUUGGUGGGCUCUGCUGAUGUCCAGCCUAAACCGGCAGUGAUCCUGCCCCCCAACACUGUGCAGAAUGGGCCGGACGCUAUAGCGCUUUACCAUGGCGAGGAAGCGCAGUACAGUGAGAAAAUGAACCUGACCACCGUUGGCUUGGUGGACGCCAUUGUGUACGCGACACGCAGGUCGAGGGAUGCGGAAUUUCUGGCAGACGUCCUAACACCGGGGUCUCCGGCGUUCCUCGAGGACGACAGCGUGCAUGAGGGCGACGAGUCGAUAGAGCGUUGCUGGCUCUCUGCUGGGAGCUGGACUUUUCACGUGUCCCCUCCAUCCCCCGGUCAACACAACCUCUGCCCUGCCCCCGAGAGUGUGGACCCCCGCAUUAAUGAGCUCCAGCUCGGCGGGGGCCAAACGGUGGGCUUUGUGGAGCUCGUUGUACCUCAACCCAGUGACUCCAUGGUCCUUGUGCUCCUGGAUGGAAAAACCACCACGGUCACCUUCAGCAUGGACAUCAGUCCCACAGCGAAAGGGCUUUUCCUCAUAACCUCAAGGGAUAGUGGACUCGCAGGCGAUGCAGUGUUCUUUCCAGGCAACCUCUCCGUAUUAAAGCCCCAUGGGUCAUCUUCGGGGGCUGUGGCUUUGUAUAACGGGACAGCAGCGGACUUCCUCGUGGGCAAUCCACUCAACUCGCAGCAACCGCUGGACGCAUUUGUGUAUGCGGAGUCCAACGGUGAAGUCGACGCCAAUGUGGUUGAGACCCUCAUCCCCGGAAGAGAGGUCUUUCAGCUCAGCAGCAGGGUGGACAACGAGGUCAUCGCCCUCAGUCGCUGUGGCGCAGCUACCUGGAACAGAGACCCGGGGGUUUUCGUUGAGGCCGUUCAGACGCCAGGACAGCCCAACGACUGCUUGUGGCCACUGUCUUGCCCUCAGAAAGUUGUAACCCCGGAAGGCACCGCACCUCCCCUGCAGCCGCCCCCCUGGGAUCCAACCAACCAGCAGGACUUCCUGUUGAACGAAGUGAACGCUGACACCCCGGGUGAUGGAGAGGACUCGGAGUUUGUUGAGAUCUGGCACCCGGCUGGGAGGCGGAUGUCCUUAGACGGUGUGUGGCUGCUGCUCUUCAGCGGCCACAACGGCAAACCCUACCGAGAGAUCAGCCUCACCGGCUACUUCACAGAUGCUCAGGGCUACUUCCUCGUGGGAAGCGACAAGAUGAUCCCUGCCCCUUCCAUAUCGUUGCCUCCUAACACUAUCCAGAAUGGCCCUGACGCCGUGGCCCUGUACCGCAGCGCCAACGGACCCCCGUCAGUGCUGUCGGCAGGCAUUCCAACCCAGGGUUUGCUGGAUGCUGUCGUUUACCGCCAGUCAGCAAAGGAAGCGCGUGACCUGAGCGAUGCCCUGACCCCGGGACAGCUGCCCCUCCUUGAGGACAGUUCCUUCCUUGCAGAGGAUGAGUCUCUCAGUCGCUGCAACAGCCUGCUUUCCGCUGACUUGUCGUCCUUCAUGUUGACAUCACCGACCCCUCUGGGGAAGAACACGUGUCCUAAUCCUCCAGCGGGGGUUGUCAUCAACGAGAUCAGCAGCGCCCACUGGUCCGGCAAUGCCUCGCAGGAGGCCUUUGUGGAGCUGCUGGCUCCCCCUCUGACGGAGCUGCAUGGGUUGGUGUUGCUCGUGUUUGACGAACAGUACCACGGAGCCGCUAUAGCCCUGCGUCUCACGGGGACCACCGGGCAUGAUGGCUUCUAUCUCAUCGGCAAUGUCACGGGUGCUGACCAGACAUGGCCCCCAUGGGUAAAUGGUGCAGCAGUACCCAGUCAGGGAGUUGUGGCUCUCUGCUACGGCCCCCUCUGCUCCAGCAAGGCGGGGCUACAGGGGGCCAACUCCAGCCUCGUGGACACGGUGGUGUUCACCAAGGACCAACACCUGCUGAGCAUUCUGGGAAGGAGCAAAGGACAGCAGGUGACGCCUGCUCUCAGGACAGUGGAGGGGCCCGUGUCCCUCAGUCGCUGCUCUUGCUGCGAGGUGAGGAGCCCGCUGGUGUGGACUGCCUCGGCACAUACCCCUCGCCUCGAAAACCUGUGUCCCAGCUCCACGUUCUCCAGCAACAUCGACCUGUGCCUCGGACCACCUGGUACCGACGGGGAGCAACACUUUCCGAAUUGCAGUGGCUGGAGGUCGGAGGAUGGCGGUGGCCAGGAGGUGGAGGUGGCCCUGUACCUGGAGGAGCAGUGUCACUGUGGGAUCUCCCCUCUCUACCUGCGUGAGGCGAACUUCUCCUGCGCAGCAGGACGGCUCAGCGUGCAGGGCAGCAUCCAAGCUCUGUCGGCCCGCCAGCGGGAGCUCAUUCUGCAGGCGUCCCGGGACCACUGGUCCAGGACCCUGGGCAACAGCUGCUCCAACACCAUAGUGGACAAGUCUGUGGGUGAAAGGUCUGGUCUCGGCUACCAGAUCGGCCUGGUGGUGGGAGCGCUGCUCCUGGUGGCGCUGGGAGCCGCCCUCUUCGCCUACUUCUACAAAAAAAGGCGACCUCAGGACUAUUACUCAAUGGAGCUGAACGAGCACGUGGAGGAAGCUGCUGAACUGUAGACCUGCACCAUCUCCCCUGCUGAUGUUCUCAGGAGGCCCCGUGUUCCGGGGAGGGGUCCCGGUCGGAGUGCGUCGUCGUGUGCUGGCCGCUGGUUUACGCUGAGGUGCCCUGAAGAGAAGAGCACCGCAACACACAGACGCCAUUUGUACAAGACUCUUCCUAAGCAGUAACUUCUUCCUUGUAUCUGUCCACUGAAGUUACUGUAGAUGUUGCACUGCUUUGUAUUCGAACGGUCACCACUGAAGCUCUAUUGGAUUUUUAUUCCUUUUUAUCUUCUUUCUCAUUAGAUAAGGGUUUGAGGUUAGUCGCUCCAGUUGGUUUUUACUGCCACAUUUAAAAAAAAACUGAGAUUUUCUCCCUGAAACGCAUCACGUCACAUCUGAAACUUUUGUGUGUCUAAUAUUCUUGUUUCCAUUGACAUCUUUUACUUUGAAACAAUGUAAAUAUUGUAUGUAGGGACUGUAAUAUUUUUUUUA